AUGGAUACAAUGAAAGACCAGAUACAGCCUAUCGCCAUAGUUGGCUUGAACCUCAAGUUCCCCGGAGACGCUACUUCGGCGGAAUCCUUCUGGGAGAUGCUUGAGAAUGCAAGGAACGCAUCAAGCAAGGUGCCCUCAACCCGCUUCAACGUCGAUGCAUUCUAUCAUCCAGACCCUACACGUCUCGACAGUAUGCGUGUUCAAAAGGCCCACUUCAUGAAAGAAGAUCCGCGGGCCUUUGAUGCUGCCUUCUUCAACAUGUCGCCAGCAGAAGCAUCCAUCUUAGAUCCCCAACAGCGCGGGCUCCUCGAGGGCACAUAUCACACCUUUGAAAAUGCUGGCUUAGCAAUGGAGAGAGUUGCUGGGUCCCGCACCUCGGUUUUCUGCGCCUCUUUCGGCCGCGAUAGUGAUGCUAUAGUGGCCCGAGAUCCAGAGUUCCAAUCCCGGUACCAAGCAACGUCCUCAGGGUCGUCUAUGUUGUCAAACCGCAUCAGUCAUUUCUUUGACCUCCGAGGUCCAUCUUUGACGGUGGACACCGCAUGCUCCAGCGGACUGUACGCCCUUCACCUAGCGUGUCAGAGCAUACUCAACGGGGAGUCCGACAUGAGUCUAGUCUGUGGCUCCAACACCUAUCUCACUCCCGAGUGCAUGACUUUCCCCUUGAGCAACGCCGGCUUUCUAUCUCCGGAUGGCCGAUCCUAUAGCUUUGACCACAAAGCCAACGGUUACGCUCGUGGAGAAGGAUACGCAUUCGUCCUUCUCAAGCCGUUGUCCAAAGCUCUGGCGGACGGAGACAUUAUUCGAUCGGUGAUCCGUGCCACAGGCGCAAACCAAGACGGGCGGACGCCGAGUAUCACUCAGCCCAGUGCUGCCGCUCAGGUUGAGCUCAUUCGGAGAACUUAUGCUUCUGGAGGACUGGACCUUUCCGAGACCGAGUACGUGGAAGCUCACGGAACCGGCACACCAGUCGGUGAUCCAAUCGAGGUUUCCGCGAUUGGAGAGGUUUUCAGACCUCAUAGGUCUAGCCCGCUCUGGAUUGGGUCUGUGAAGAGCAAUAUUGGCCAUCUCGAGGGUGCUAGUGGCCUGGCGGGUUUGCUCAAGACAGUCUUCUCGCUCGAGAGAGCCAUUAUACCUCCCAUCGCGGACUUUGAAAAGGUGAACCCAGCAAUCGACGUCAAUGCGCUAGGCGUUCAGUUUCCAACACGCUCUACGGCUUGGCCUGCCACUCCUUCUGGGAUCCGCCGGGCUUCAGUAAGCUCGUUCGGGUAUGGCGGAUCUAAUGCACAUGUCGUAUUGGAUGAUGCAUACAACUAUCUUCGGAUUCGAGGCCUUACUGGAAACCACCUAUCCGUGGCCAAGUCGAAUGACUCUCACAAGCCAUGUGUUGCGAACAGCAGCACCUCAAUUGGAACAGUCGAAGAUCAGGCUCCAGACGCCGGCAUCUCUGAUUCCGUUUCAGAUGUUUCUGAUGAUAGUGGCGUCAUCAUUGGCUCUGAAGACGAUGCUGAACAUAGCUCCAUCUCGCUUCUCACAUUCUCAGCCGCCGAUGAGGAUGGUCCACGAAGACAGGCCUCGGCGUUGCAAGAUCACGUCGCUACCCAGCAAAUUUCGCGAAAGAGAGCACAGAGAGUUUUCCUUGCCGACCUAGCCUACACACUCUCUCAGAAGAGCAUCCUCAACUGGCGAGCAUUUGCAGUGGUCAAGUCGGAAGCGAACAUCGGCAGCAAUCUCACAGAGAUCCUCUCUCCCGUUACGUCGGUCUUGUCAUCGAAGAGGCCAGAGCUCAACUUCGUCUUCACAGGCCAGGGAGCUCAGUAUCCACGCAUGGGUCUCAAGCUUAUCCGCUACGAAGUAUUCCGGCAGAGUCUGAUGGACUGCGACGAGUAUUUGCGGUCUCUUGGUUGCGAAUGGUCCGUCCUCACCGAGCUUCGGAAGGCCCCGGGAUCGUCCAGAAUUCAGAAGCCUGAAAUUGCACAGCCCCUUUGUACCGCUCUGCAGAUUGCCACUGUCGACCUUCUCCGAAACUGGGAUAUCAUCCCACAAUCCGUAUGCGGCCACUCAUCGGGAGAAAUCGCGGCAGCGUAUUGUGCUGGAGCCCUUGAUUGCCAGUCUAGCUGGAAGGUUGCAUACUUUCGAGGCGUCUUGGCAGGUCGAUUGGCAUCUGAUAGCUCUCAGAGCAAGACGACGAUGAUGUCUGUUGGGCUCGGCGAGGCAGCCGUACGCCCCUAUCUUUCAAGCAGGCUCUCGGUAGCUUGUAUCAAUAGUCCAGCCAAUGUGACGGUUUCAGGGCCGACCAAAGAGAUCCAGCUCCUAUUUGAGAGACUGGAGAAGGAAGAGAUCUUCGUCAAAAGGCUUCCUGUUGAUGUUGGAUAUCACUCUCCGGCUAUGGAAGUCGUCGCAGCCGAGUAUCAAGAUCGAAUCCGUGGCAUUGGCGCACCUACUGGCUUAACCGCCGAGAGAUUACGCAAGGAGUCUCUAGUAUCUCUCUACUCAUCAACCGAAGGAAAACUCAUAUCUUUCGAGGCUGUGACGAGCCCUUCGUACUGGGUAAAGAACCUUGUCUCUCCAGUUCUCUUCUCAGGUGCUCUCGAAGCCAUGACCGGAUCGAAACAUGGAGGGCAACACUUCCUCGUGGAAAUUGGUCCGCAGUCAGCUCUCAGACGACCUGUGCAAGAUACCUUGACUCCUCACCUCGGCAACAAGGCUGCUAAGAAAUGGCAGUACGUCAGCGUCCUGAAGCCCAACGUCGAUGAUGAUCGAUCAUUGAUGGAGGCUCUCGGCAGUCUCUGGGCAGCAGGCAUCCCGAUUUCUUUGUCCAAGCCAAACCAGGAGUCGACUCAAAUAUCGCGGAAACCGAAGAUCCUGGUGGACCUUCCUUCAUACCCCUUUAAUCGGUCUCGGGAGUUCUGGGAGGAGAGCAGACUGAGUCGCAACUACGCAAAGCGUCCGUACCGUCGGCAUGCUCUUCUAGGCAUCAGAGACCGUGACUGGAAUCCUGAAGAGGGGAGUUGGAGGCACUUGAUCCGAUCCCAAGAGAACCCCUGGAUCCUGGAUCAUGCCUUGAACGGCUCACCGCUCUAUCCCGGCUCAGGUAUGCUUGUCAUGGCCAUCGAAGCCGCCCGUCAACUUGCCGCACCAGUUGAAAGUCGCAUCCGCGGCUAUCAGCUAGACAAUGUACGCUUUUUGAGAGCCAUUGAUGUGGACGACUCAGAGCGCGGCACAGAGGCAAAGAUUGUGAUGCGGCGCCGUCGACAGGCCACCAACACAAGCGGACAACAGCUCUGUUACGACUGGAGGAUUUUUGGGACCAAUGGCGACGACUGGAACGAAUGCGCUUAUGGAAGCAUCAAAGUCGAACUUGAACCGGAGCAAACCUUGGGAUUUGAACAGGCCGCCGCUUCUGAGGCACGUCGGUCCCGCUUUGAGACGUCUAUCAAAGAGCAACUCCAGGCAGACGUCGACAAAUGCCGUUUGGUCGUGCACCCCAGCCAACUGUACAAGAACAUGUCCAAGCGAUCAGGCUUCGAUUACGGACCGUACUUCCAGUUGCUGAAGAACAUUUCCUACGAUAGGGAAGGUCAUGCUACAGCCAUGCUUUCAGCGAGAGAUUACACUUCAAGCAUGCCGUACGCUGGAGAAGACCCGUGCGUGGUUCAUCCAAGCACGUUGGACGCAAUUUGUCACCUUCAGAUGGUCGCCCUAUCUCAAGGUGGAUGGAACGCCGUCCCUACGAUGAUGUUCUCUCACCUGCGAAAGCUGUGGGUGUCGCAGAAACUGUUCGUGGCACCUGGGAACCCCCAGCUGCGAGCUGCAACUCGAGAGACUAUGCGCGCUUUCCGAGAAGCUGAGUGCAGGACACUGGUCACCUUUGCCGAUUCCAAUGAGCCCGUUCUCGUCCUGGAUGGUCAGCGGGGUACAGCCAUCACAAGUCUCAAAUCAGCCGACACAGCUGCUACUUCACAAGGCGAUUCGGGCCAGAAGUUCUAUGGUCUCGACUACAAACCCGACCUGUCUCUCCUGACUGUAGAUGCCAAGAGUCGCUACUUCGCGGCUGCGUUCAAAGAGGAUACCCGAUGCCGCGCCCCUCCGAGAGAGCUCAUCGAUCGUGCCGACGCUAUUGCUCUGCACUUCAUCGAGGCGGCUCUGGAGCAAAUUGACAAGGAAGAUAAGCCGCUGCAAUUCGAUAAUCACUUGGCUCGGUAUGUCAAGUGGAUGCGGCGCGUGCACCUGAAUCGGGAUACGUGGACGCUAGAGUCCCGGGGCCUAAGUCACCUCCGUAUCGAGGAGAUUCUGGAUGAAGCCGAUGGCGAGCCUACGCAGAGACUGACCAAGAAGGUUGGCGAGCAUCUGCACGGCAUCCUCAAAGGAGAAGUAAACGCGCUGCAGGUCAUAUUCGAGGGCAAUCUAGCCAACGAAUUUUAUCACUCUGACAUCUUUGCAACGAACAACAGCAAGAUGGGAGCGUACAUCAACGUCCUCGCCCACGCGAAUCCAAAACUCCGUUUGUUGGAAGUCGGAGCUGGGACCGGGAGCUCAACCGGCCGGAUUCUCCCUUACCUGGCUGCGCAAGGCGUUGAAGGUGGUCCUCCAGAGGCUGUACGCUUCGGUGAAUACUGCUACACAGAUAUCUCGGCUGGUUUCUUCGAAAAGGCGCGCGAGCGUUUUUCUUACGCGGCAAGCCACAUGACGUUUAAGAAGUUGGAUCUUGAGAAGCAUCCUAACAAACAAGGGUUCGCCGAAGGGACUUAUGAUGUCGUCGUUGCAGGCAAUGUGUUGCAUGCCACAAGCGACUUGAUACAGACACUUCGGUAUGUCAGGGGUCUUCUACGGCCUGGCGGUGUGCUUGUACUGGGAGAAACAGUCAAUCUGGACAACGUCCGUGAUGGCCUCAUAUUUGGUCUGUUGCCUGGCUGGUGGCUGCGCGAGGGACAGUGGUGGUCUACCAAUAAAGAGUACCAAGACCAAGGCCCCCUUCUGACGGAAGAGCAAUGGACCACGGUUCUCAAGGAGGCUGGUUUCCCGGGAAUUCAAAUGGCUUUCCGCGACCAUGAACAAAAGCCACAUCACCGAGUCUCCAUCAUCAUCACUACCCGCCCGGAGAAUGAGAGCCUCUCAAGCCAACCGUCGGGAGUCGAUUCGCCCUACAGGAUCAUCAUAGACCCUUCUUCUGCGAUGCAAACCUCUGUAGCCGAGUCGCUCAGAAGCCACCUUGUCUCAGGCUGUCAGCCUAGAGGGGCAGACAUAUCCAGCAUAGUGGACAUUUCAUCAGGAGAUACCAAAUUGAACAGAGACGACACAGUCAUCAGCUUGUUAGAGCUCGAUGCUUCAGUGUUGUCAUCCGUCGCCGCAAGGGAGUUCGAAGCCAUCAAGAAGAUUUCCCUUGAUACUAGGUUCACGCUUUGGUUGACUUAUGGAGGAGCUCCAAAGGCCACCAAUCCCGCAGCCGAGGUCGCCAUUGGAUUCGGUCGAAGUGUCUGUUCAGAGAGAGGAGACCAAGGCUUCGUGACAUUGAACUUGUCCUGCCGGCCUGAGACCCCUAUGGCUGUCACUAGCGCCGUCGACAGCAUCAUGCGUGUUGUUGAGAGAUUGCACAACGUUUCUUGCGCUGGUACUGACAACGAGUCCGAGUUCUCGGAAGACAAUGGCUUGAUCUGCAUUCCUCGCCUUAUGCCUACACCUCAUAUGGAUCAAGCGCUUUCCAUCAAGCAAAAUGGCGACAGGCUCAAGUCGUUCACAUUCAACAGGGAUGGUCCGAAGCCGCACAUCAGUAUCACUAUUGAAACUCCUGGGCUUCUUGACACCAUCUUCUACGCAGAGAACGCCGAGACGGGCAAGGAGCUCCAAGCAGGUGACAUUGAGAUCGAAGUCAAGGCAACCAGCAUGAACUUCAAGGAUGUCAUGAUUGCUCUGGGGCAGAUUCCGGGGCGAAGCUUUGGAUUUGACGGCGCUGGCGUUGUCUCUAGAGUCUCGCGGGAGAGUAACCUUCGCCCAGGCGACUCGGUGUUGUUCUGCAGCUCUACUGGAGGAGGCUUCGGAACAUUUGUGCGCUGCCCCGAACUGCAAACAGAGAAGCUCCCUCCAGGCAUGUCUUUCCAAGUGGCUGCCGCAAUUCCGGCUGUGUGGUCUACAGUGGUGUACUCUCUGGACCACAUAGCACGUCUCAGCCGUGGUGAGACUGUUCUCAUCCACGCAGCCGCUGGAGGUGUCGGACAGGCAGCCGUGCAACUUGCUCAGUUGCGAGGUGCCAAAGUCUUUGCGACUGUGGGGAGUCAGACGAAGCGUGAGCUUGUUAAGCAGCUCUUUGGACUCUCGGACGACCAAAUCUUCAACAGCCGUGAUGAAACUUUUGCCCAAGAUGUGCUUCAUGCCACGGGAGGUCGAGGUGUGGACGUGGUGCUCAAUUCACUAGGCGGCGAGCUCCUUCGUCAGUCUUGGGAAUGCAUCGCACCCUUCGGUCGCUUCAUCGACAUUGGCAAAGCGGACAUCAUCGCUAACAAUACUUUGCCGAUGGGACCAUUUAAUCGAAAUGUGACGUUCUCUGCGGUUGAUCUAGUCGUGGUUCAUGAAGAGGCAAAGCCUCUCAUGAAGAAGAUCCUGCAGGAUGUCACGAAGCUGUUCGAGGAGAACCCUCACCUACACGAACCCAAGCCGCUUCACAUAUUCUCACCUUCAAAGCUCGAGGAUGCAAUGCGCUUCCUCCAGGGGGGUAAGAAUACCGGCAAAGUCAUCAUCGACUACGCUUCCGCGACCGACACAGUAGAGUACCGACCUUCGCAGCUUCAGCACGGGUACAACUUCGACGCGAAUGCCACGUACGUUAUCAGCGGCGGCCUGGGUGGACUUGGUCGUGAGAUUGCUCGGUGGAUGGUCUCGCGCGGGGCCCGGAACCUACUUCUCCUCUCCUCACGUGGUGCCGCAGGACGGCCAGACGCUCUCAAGCUUAUUCAAGAGCUCGAAGCCACCGAUGGAGUCACAGUGCUCGCGCCGGCAUGUAACGUUGUCGACCGGGGAGCGGUCGAGGAUACCCUCCUGAAGGCAUCACGAGAGCUUCCACCGAUCAAGGGCUGCAUACAGGCCGCCAUGGUACUCCGCGAUGACAUGCUUGCCAAAAUGUCUCAUUCGAUGUUCCAUGAGACUCUCGGGCCUAAGCGCGCUGGAUCAUGGAAUCUGCACCAGCUACUGCCCGAUGACAUGGACUUCUUUGUCUUGCUCUCGUCAUUCUGUGGCAUCAUGGGCAAUCGCGGACAGAGCAACUAUGCAGCUGGAAAUGCAUUCGAGGAUGCUCUUGCGCGCCAUCGAGUGGCACAAGGCCUCAAGUGCGUCUCGGUCGACUUGGUGCUCGUCGCUGAGGCCGGUUGGGCCAAUGUCAACUAUGAGUCCGUGACGCAGAGCCUCCGCGCCGGUCAUGACAAUCUCACACAGGCACAGCUGAUGGAGUUGCUUGAUUUGCUCUGCGACCCAGGCUACGACUGCGCAAAGCCUGGCGCAGCUCAGGUCGUCAACAUGGUGGACAGCGCGGCGGACCUGGCGCGCAUGACACAACAAGGGCUCUUGGAUUGGAUGCAGAAGCCCAUUUUCAGCAAUCUUCUCCGUAUGGGCGAGACCGAGGCUAGUAUCAAUGGCCGUGGGGCUGGUGGAGGCAAUGGUGAUGGAAGCGACGACGUCAACCGCCUGGCUCUGGUGAAGGCCGCGCCUGACUUGCCGACUGCCAGCGAGAUCGUAACCCAGGGUCUCGUACAAAAGCUGGCCAAAUCUCUGUCUGUGCCGAUUGAUACGCUUGACGUCGGGAAACCGGCGUACGUUGUUGGUGUUGAUUCCUUGAUUGCGGUUGAGGUUCGGUAUUGGUUCAUGAAACAGCUCCUUGUCGAGGUGCCUGUAUUCGAGAUUCUUAAGAACCAGAGUAUCACGGAUCUGUGUCAGCAGGUGGCUUCCAAAGUUCUGCAAAGCAGCUCGAAGUAG